GGUUCUUAAAACCGAACCGACCGGUUCGUGGGUUAAGUGAAAGCUCUCUAGGGUUUAUGAUUCUCUCUUGUCAUAGCUCCAGCCAAGUUUCUUCUUUUUUCACAACUUGUUCUGUGCUCGCGGACAGCUUUGAGGUCGACGACUCAGAUUCUCGAGUGUUUAAGGAGUGUUUUAGAGAUGGGUGGGGGAUCAAAGAUGUCCAAAAGAGCAAGACUUUAUGAAAGUGAAUCAGAAGAGAUGAUGAGCGAGGAGGACAGUCUCCAGGUGGAAGGGGAGAGCGAAGAGGAAGAGUUGUCUGAUGGGAUAGAAGAGGAUGGUGAGGGAGAUAGCAUGGAAGGGAGUGAAGAAGAAGAAAUUGAUGAUGAAGAAGGAGAUAGUGACAAGGAAGAUGUGGAUGGAGAAAGCGAUGAUGGGGAUGAGGAUGAAAGCGAUGAAGGGAAUGAUGACAAUAAAGAUGCUGCCAUGGAAGAGCUUGAGAAAGAGUACCAGGAGCUUCGUUCACAGGAACAGGAUAUAUUGAAAAACCUGAAGCGUGAUAAGGGUGAGGAUGCUGCUAAAGGUCAAGCUGUGAAGAACCAGAAGGCUCUUUGGGAUAAAACUUUGGAGUUCAGAUUCUUACUUCAGAAAGCAUUUAGUAGUUCAAACAGAUUGCCACAGGAGACUGUCAAAUCGUCUUUUUGUUCGGAAGACGAGAAGGUCUCAACAGCAUAUUCAGAGCUAAUUACUUCUUCUAAGAAGACAUUAGAUUCCCUCUUGGAGUUGCAAGAGGCUUUGUUUGAGAAGAAUCCCUCGGUUGACCAACAAGCAAAUGGUACCGAAUCCAAUAAAUCAGAUGCAGAAGAUGGCGAUGAAUGGCACAAAAUAUCUGACUUGCAAAAAAGGAUGUGUGUGUUCCGAAACAAGGCUGUGGACAAAUGGCAGAGAAGAACACAAGUCACAACUGGUGCAGCUGCUAUAAAAGGAAAGCUCCAUGCCUUUAACCAGAACGUUAGUGAGCAGGUUGCUUCUUACAUGAGGGAUCCAAGUAGAAUGAUAAAACAAAUGCAACAAUCAAGAUCAACUGUUGCUGUUUUUGGAACUGUACCUGAGGAAACCAUGGAACCCAAGAAAGAGGAAAAACAAGUUGAAGGAGACCCUGAACUAGUGGAGGAUGCAGAAUUCUAUCAGCAGUUACUAAAGGAGUUCUUUGAGACCAUCGAUCCAGCUUCCUCAGAGGCGGCUUUCUACGCGAUGAAGAAGUUUCAAACAAAGAAGAGGAAAGUUGUGGAUCGGCGUGCCUCUAAGAGCAGAAAGAUCAGGUAUAAUGUGCAUGAGAAGAUUGUCAAUUUCAUGGCUCCACGACCUGCCAAGAUUCCUCCAAACUCUGCAGAUUUGCUGAAGAAUCUGUUCGGUCUCAAAACCAGAAACGGUCUGUCUGUAGCAUAAUGUUUCUUUUUAACAAACCGCAGUUUUGAAAACGCAGGGAUUACUUGUUGUGUGGUGCGUUGUUGAUUACAUACAAUCUUUGAUAGUGAAGAACUCCUAUUAUCUUUUUUUUUUUUGAACUCAUAUUAUCUAUCAAACAUCAUUUCGGCUU